AUGGCUUUGCAAACGAUGCAGUCAAGCCCCGACGCGGGCGACGAGAACGGCUUCGUACAGGCCGACAUGGAAACCUUUUCCAAUGAGUUGAGUAGAAGGCUGGCGGAAUCAGUCGAGGUAAAAGACACGUUUAAGCUCACAGAUGACCGGGAGAAACUCAACGACUUUCUGUCCCAAGUUCAAACGGAAUACGACAAACUCCAAGGAUCUCGACUACGGCAUAAAAGGGGCAUGGGGAUUCGCAUCUCAAGAAUAUGCGCCAGCAUGUCACGUCUCCUCACGCAUUACGCAGGGAUCGCUGAGCUUAUCAAGUCCAUAGAUUCAAGAGCCGGCCCUUUGGCUUAUGGUGCUCUUGCGGUUUGCCUCUCGCUGGUAGGGCAGAAAGCGGAGCUGGAGGAGAUCAUGUCUUCAGGGCUGGAAAAGGUCUCAUACUGGCUCCAAGACAUUGGAGACUACGAGGCAAUAUGGAAAGAAUCUUCAACUCUGAGGAUUUUUCUAUACCUUGUUUAUCGCAAGGUCUUGGGCUUUGUGAUACAAAUCUGGGACUAUUCGUCCGGAACGUCAAAACGUAUUACUACCCUAGAACCUAUCACUGAGAAGGUAUUUUCUGCGCUCAAACGACCACCUAAAUAUGAUCUAGCACCGCAGCUUGAGAACAUCAAACAAGCUGUCGACAUGGUUAUUGCCGAAGCGAGGAAGGAGCACCAGAGACUGGACGUAACGCAAUGGCGCAUAGAGGAAGAGCGCAGAGAGCAAUUCGCCGAGACCGUGCCUGAAAGGCAGAAGCACCGGGUUUUCUAUCACCCAAUCGACGACCGGGCGCCGAGGCCGUCCAGCUUGGUCGCGCUGAUCAUCUGCGACAUUCUGGAGAAGGAAGAAGACCUAUUCAAGUGCAUGGGACAGAAGGCCAAAGACGUGUUGAUGGGUGAUAUGUCUGAUGAGCUUGACUUGCUCGAAGCAUAUCUGCGGCUGCUCCGUGAACUGAUACGCGGCUGGGGAGAGAGGCACGAUGAUACGGCGUUCUAUAUUAUCUUUGAUCGUCUUCAUGUUGUCGGCGACCUCGGAACGUCAGCAGUCCCGUUGAUCGUGCUCCAUGGUGGCCCUGGGGCGUGUCACGACUAUCUGCUACCCUUGACUGACCUCGCGCCCUCCAUCCCUCUCGUCUUCUAUGACCAGAUCGGAAACGGCCGGUCGACACAUCUGCGCGAGAAGAACGGCGACGAGCAGUUCUGGUCGGUGGACCUGUUCAUGAAGGAGCUCGACAACCUACUCCUGCAUUUAAAUCUUCAAGAUCGGCCCGUCGAUGUCUAUGGGCACUCGUGGGGUGGCAUGCUUGCGGCCGAGUGGGCAGCAGCACAGCCGGGCAAUCUCCGGCGCCUGGUCCUCUCAAACAGUCUUGCGAGCACGGAACUCUUCCUGGACGGUCUUAUCACUUUGAAAAAGCAACUGCCCCAGGAUGUCCAGGAGGUAUUGGAUCGUGCCGAGGAGACCCAUGACUUCGAGAGCCCUGAGUACGAGGCUGCCGUUGAAGUCUUCUACAAGCGACAUCUCAGUCUCGCCAGGCCUUGGCCGGCUCCAGAAGUCCAGGCUGCACUUGACUGGUUUGCCACGGACCCGACUACCUACGGUACAAUGUAUGGUCCGAGCGAGCUAGUCGCAUCCGGCUCGCUUCGCAACUGGACCUCCAUACCCAAGUUGCCCAGAAUCAAGGUCCCCACCCUUCUGAUCAAUGGGGCACAGGAUGAGGCUCAGGACGUGGCGAUGCAGCCCUUCUUUGACCACAUUGGGCAUGUCAAGUGGAUCACGCUGGACAAUGCUGCGCACUUCUCCCAUGUUGAUCAACGGGAGAGCUACAUGAAGCAUUUGGGAGGCUUCCUCAAGGCGUAA